CUAACAGACGUGUAUAUAAAAGCUAGUUUUUCCACUUGUUCAGUAUCUCCACACAGGAAGACCACAGGCUGAAUCUGAGAAAGCAUUAUCUCUUAUCUGCAUUAUCUCCGCCACUAAGAUGCUGACUGUGUCUCUACUCGUUUGUGCCAUGAUGGCUCUGGCUACAGCUGAUGACGCAGAUGUCGCUUCCAGCAACUCUUCCAGCAAUGCAGAUGACGCUUCCAGCUACGAAGCGGGCCCUCGUUGUCCUGCUUUUUGGAUUAAGUACAAUGGUCGCUGUUUCCUCUACGUUGCUAGAGCACGGGAUUGGUCUGACGCUGAGAAAAAAUGCCUGUCCUUGAAAGGAAACCUUGCAUCGGUGCACAGUAUUGAGGAGUAUGAGUUCAUUCAGAAGUUGAUCACACAACAGAGUCAUGGUAAUCCAAUGACCUGGAUUGGAGGCACUGACUGCCAGAAGAACAAUAUUUGGUUCUGGAGUGAUGGCAGACCUUUCUUCUUUACAUUCUGGUGUGCAGGGGAACCCAACAAUGCAGGUGGCAACCAGGGUUGCCUCCGGAUGAAUUAUGGAGAGCACCACUGCUGGGAUGAUUUCCAGUGUUCCCACAAACUUCCAUCUGUCUGUGCCAGAAACCUAUAAGAAUCUCCUGAGCUAAAUUGUGCCUACCACACACACAAACAUCUUCUGGCCGUGUGACAGUGUGGAUUUCUCUGCCUCAUCAGUCUCAUGUGUAAUCACAUCUUUAAUUCCCUCUUUGGCCUUUAAUAGGAGAAGAAUGAAUAUGUUGUGAAAAGAACGCUUUUAGCACAAACUAAUCUUUGAUGCACUUUGAAUUAAAACUCUGGAGCAUUGAAACAA